AUGAUGUGGUCACCGUCUAAGGAUGAUCUACUUAACAUCCGAGUGGAAAAAGGACUAAAACCAAGACUAAAACUAAGUGAUGAUAAAAAGACAGUGCUGGUAUCAGUACCGUUGAACACUUUCGUGAACUACCCACAACAACGUGUCGAACUUCAAGGUGGAUACUUCCUAGUGUUACAACGUCUUCAACAACAGUACAAGAUUAUUGUUCAACACGGAGUGAGUUAG